CGAAAAGCAUUAUAAUCGAACUAGAACUGGCAGAAGAUAGUUCAUUGCUUCUUCUGCUUUUCGGUCCUAAAGCAAGGAAAAGUUUUUUGAAAAAAUUCGCAUUGAAGUUAUAGGAUUAACGCCGGGUACCUAUUUAAAAACAAUAAUAUAGAAACAAAACAAAAACUAGUUGAGUGUUGUUAGAAUGUCUAUUGUGAUUCAUUAAAUUAAUUUUUCUGUGAUAAAAGUUAAAAAAAAAAUAAUAAUAAAACUCAUAAGAAACAACCAAUAAAGUAAAAUCAAGUGAUACCAUGAGAGAUUUUAGAAUAUCCAUUCUCACAUUUUUUGUGAGUUUGGAAUGUUUACUUACAAAUUACGACACCGAUGCCAGAUAUGUUUCACAGUCACUUAUUGGAGAUCAACACUUUGCCCCACCUGGAAUGUUUUACGAUGCACGUAGUGGAGCUUUUCGUAGUUUUCCCGGAGGUGGUAAACCACUUCUAUGUGAUUAUAACAAACGUUGUGCCAACAACUAUAUAGGACCGAAAUCUCAUCCCGAACAGAAGGAGUAUUAUUAUGUAUGUAAGAAAGACGCUGUUGUUUUUGGAAAAUGUCCAAGCUUGCAUAUUUUCGAUGAUGCACGUAAGAAAUGUGUUAAGCAGAGAUUUGUAACAUUCCCUCCAGCUGAUAUUGUGCCCGCUUGUACAGAAACAGGACGGUUUCCUGUACCAUCAAAUUGUUCACUGUUCUAUUUCUGUGAUUAUGAUGGUCAUGAUUUCCGAAAACAAGUUUUCUGUUGUCCAGGUACCUCAACUUACUCUCCGAUGACAAGAAGGUGCUCUUACCGCAAUAAAUGCAUACCGACGCAAAUAUCUGAUAAAAGCACAUAUAUUCCAUCGGGUUGUGAGGAUAAAUUCCCACCUUGUUCCAAACCUGGAACAUAUCGUUCACCUCUAGAUUGCUCAUUAUAUUACACAUGUAGCAGUAAGAUAGAUGGCGCUUUCCUUCAAACACGUUUCAAGUGUCCCGAAGGUACCUGUUUUGACACAUUGAAGGGCAAAUGUCUUCCAGGAUCAACAUGUAAUUACAUGUCACCAAGAGAUUUGCUUAUUCCAUCCAUGUAUUCCAAUGAAGAUGUGUCUGAUGAGAUUGAUGAUUCGUCCGAGUGUGAUGAUUCAAGCUCAAUUGAAGAUGAUUCAUUGCCAGCAGCACCAGCACCAGUGCUAUCACCAGCACCAGUGCUAUCACCAGCACCAGUGCUAUCACCAGCACCAGUGCUAUCACCAGCACCAGUGCUAUCACCAGCACCAGUAGCAGCUCCAGCACCAGUACUAGCUCCAGCAGUUCCAGCUCUUGCACCAGCACCAAUACCAGCUCCAGCUCUAGCACUAGCACCAGCUCCAGAACCAGGUCCGCUACUGCAAGAUGAAAACAUAAGACAAGUUAAGACUGCCUAUGUGCAUAUAAAUAUGCCAAUCAAAAUUGGUCAAAAGGUUAAGGCUGCCUUUGAAAAUUUCAAGAAAGUUGCAGGUUCAAUAUCAGCGGAACUGCCAACAGGACCAGCUUUACCACCAGCACAAACGAUAUCGCCACCAGCAAUUGCUCCACCUUUAUCGCUGACCGUACCACCAGCUGCACCUAUACCAGCCCCAAUUAUACCGGAUGUCCCUAUUCCAUCAAUCGCCCCACUGCCAGUUCCAAUUUCGACUCCUUUACCACCACAAGUAGCAUCACUUCCACCAACAAUAGCAGCUCCUACAGUAGACCCACUAGUAGAUCCAUUACCUCCAGUCAUACCUUUGCCAACAGUCACACCACCAGUAGCCCCAAUUCCAACCGUAAUUCCUCCACCAAUUCUUCCCACUGCACUUCCCAGCGUACUACCACUAUCAUCACCCUCAUGCGAAGAGUCAUGUGAAGAUACAGGUUUACCAACACCACCAAUUGCGCCACAGCCACAAGUUGCUCCAUUACCACCAGUGGCUCCACUUCCACCAGUUGCCCCAUUACCACCUGUAGUUCCUCUUCCACCAGUUGCACCUCUUCCACCAGUACUUCCACUACCAUCACCAUCAUGCGAAGAGUCUUGUGAAGAUACUGGUUCACCAAUAACACCAAUUGCUCCACUGCCACCAGUUGCUCCAUUACCACCAGUGGCUCCACUUCCACCAGUUGCUCCAUUACCACCAGUGGCUCCACUUCCACCAGUGGCUCCUCUUCCACCAGUAGCUCCUAUUCCACCAGUUACCCCAUUACCACCUGUAGUUAAUCUUCCACCAGUUGCACCUCUUCCACCAGUAUUUCCACUACCAUCACCAUCAUGCGAAGAGUCUUGUGAAGAUACUGGUUCACCAAUAACACCAAUUGCUCCACUGCCACCAGUUGCUCCAUUACCACCAGUGGCUCCACUUCCACCAGUUGCUCCAUUACCACCAGUGGCUCCACUUCCACCAGUGGCUCCUCUUCCACCAGCACUUCCACUACCAUCACCAUCAUGCGAAGAGUCUUGUGAAGAUACUGGUUCACCAAUAACACCAAUUGCUCCACUGCCACCAGUUGCUCCAUUACCACCAGUGGCUCCACUUCCACCAGUUGCUCCAUUACCACCAGUGGCUCCACUUCCACCAGUUGCCCCAUUACCACCUGUAGUUCCUCUUCCACCAGUUGCACCUCUUCCACCAGUACUUCCACUACCAUCACCAUCAUGCGAAGAGUCUUGUGAAGAUACUGGUUCACCAAUAACACCAAUUGCUCCACUGCCACCAGUUGCUCCAUUACCACCAGUGGCUCCACUUCCACCAGUUGCUCCAUUACCACCAGUGGCUCCACUUCCACCAGUGGCUCCUCUUCCACCAGUAGCUCCUAUUCCACCAGUUACCCCAUUACCACCUGUAGUUAAUCUUCCACCAGUUGCACCUCUUCCACCAGUACUUCCACUACCAUCACCAUCAUGCGAAGAGUCUUGUGAAGAUACUGGUUCACCAAUUGCUCCACUGCCACCAGUUUCUCCAUUACCACCAGUGGCUCCACUUCCACCAGUGGCUCCUCUUCCACCAGUAGCUCCUAUUCCACUAGUUGCCCCAUUACCACCUGUAGUUCCAAUUCCACCAGUAGCUCCUCUUCCACCAGUACUUCCAAUACCAUCACCAUCAUGCGAACAGUCUUGUGAAGAUACUGGUUCACCAAUACCACCAAUUGCUCCACUGCCACCAGUUGCUCCAUUACCACCAGUGGCUCCACUGCCACCAGUUGCUCCAUUACCACCAGUGGCUCCUCUUCCACCAGUAGCUCCUAUUCCACCAGUUGCCCCAUUACCACCUGUAGUUAAUCUUCCACCACUUGCACCUCUUCCACCAGUACUUACACUACCAUCACCAUCAUGCGAAGAGUCUUGUGAAGAUACUGGUUCACCAAUAACACCAAUUGCUCCACUGCCACCAGUUGCUCCUCUUCCACCAGUAGCUCCUAUUCCACCAGUUGCCCCAUUACCACCUGUAGUUCCUCUUCCACCAGUUGCUCCUCUUCCACCAGUACUUCCACUACCAUCACCAUCAUGCGAAGAGUCUUGCGAAGAUACUGGUUCUUCAAUACCACCAAUUGCUCCACUGCCACCAGUUGCUCCAUUACCAGCAGUGGCUCCACUUCCACCAGUAGCUCCUAUUCCACCAGUUGCCCCAUUACCACCUGUAGUUCCUCUUCCACCAGUUGCACCUCUUCCACCAGUACUUCCACUACCAUCACCAUCAUGCGAAGAGUCUUGCGAAGAUACUGGUUUACCAACACCACCAAUUGCGCCAUUGCCACCAGUAGCUCCAUUACCAAUAGUCCUUCCACCACCGGUUCUUCCUCCUACGGACCUCCCAACACCGCCGACACUUCCAGUACCAAUAACACCGUUAGCUCCAGCACUUUCAAAACUAGAAGAAUCAUGUGAGGAUGACGAACUACCAAUUCCACUGCCCUUACCACCAGUAGCUCCUCUCCCACCUGCAUUACCUUUACCACCAGUAUCCCCACUUCCACCAGCUCUUCCUCUGCCUCCAGUUGCACCUCUACCACCAGUAGCCCCACUUCCACCAGCACUACCUCUGCCUCCAGUUGCACCUCUACCACCAGUGUCCCCACUUCCACCAGCUCUUCCUCUGCCUCCAGUUGCACCUCUACCAGCAGUAGUCCCACUUCCACCAGCUCUUCCUCUGCCACCAGUUGCACCUCUUCCACCAGUGUCCCCACUCCCACCAGUUGCUCCUCUUCCACCACUAAUUCCCACUUCGGAUGAAUCAUGUGAAGAUGACGAACUACCAAUUCCACUGCCCUUACCACCAGUAGCUCCUCUCCCACCUGCAUUACCGUUACCACCAGCAUCCCCACUUCCAACAGCUCUUCCUCUGCCUCCAGUUGCACCUCUACCACCAGUGUCCCCACUUCCACCAGCUCUUCCUCUGCCUCCAGUUGCACCUCUUCCACCAGUGUCCCCACUCCCACCAGUUGCUCCUCUUCCAUCACUAAUUCCCACUUCGGAUGAAUCAUGUGAAGAUGACGAACUACCAAUUCCACUGCCCUUACCACCAGUAGCUCUUCUCCCACCUGCAUUACCGUUACCACCAGCAUCCCCACUUCCAACAGCUCUUCCUCUGCCUCCAGUUGCACCUCUACCACCAGUGUCCCCACUUCCACCAGCUCUUCCUCUGCCUCCAGUUGCACCUCUACCACCAGUGUCCCCACUUCCACCAGCUCUUCCUCUGCCACCAGUUGCACCUCUUCCACCAGUAGCCCCACUCCCACCAGUUGCUCCUCUUCCACCACUAAUUCCCACUUCGGAUGAAUCAUGUGAAGAUGACGAGCUACCAAUUCCACUGCCCUUACCACCAGUAGCUCCUCUCCCACCUGCAUUACCUUUACCACCAGUAUCUCCACUUCCACCAGCGCUACCUUUGCCACCAGUUGCACCUCUACCACCAGUAGCCCCACUUCCACCAGCGCUACCUCUGCCUCCAGUUGCACCUCUACCACCAGUGUCCCCACUUCCACCAGCUCUUCCUCUGCCACCAGUUGCACCUCUUCCACCAGUAGCCCCACUUCCACCAGUUGCUUCUCUUCCACCACUAAUUCCUUCUUCAAAUGAAUCAUGUGAGGAUGACGAACUAACAAUUCCGCUGCCCUUACCACCAGUUGCAUCUCUCCCACCUGCAUUACCAUUACCACCAGUAUCCCCACUUCCACCAGCUCUUCCUCUGCCUCCAGUUGCACCUCUACCACCAGUAGCCCCACUUCCACCAGCACUACCUCUGCCUCCAGUUGCACCUCUACCACCAGUGUCCCCACUUCCACCAGCUCUUCCUCUGCCUCCAGUUGCACCUCUACCAGCAGUAGUCCCACUUCCACCAGCUCUUCCUUUGCCACCAGUUGCACCUCUACCACCAGUAGCCCCACUUCCACCAGCUCUUCCUCUUCCACCAUCAUGCGAAGAGUCUUGCGAAGAUACUGGUUCACCAAUACCACCAAUUGUGCCACUGCCACCAGCAGUUCCAUUACCACCAGUGGCUCCACUUCCACCAGUAGCUCCUAUUCCACCAGUUGCACCAUUACCACCUGUAGUUCCUCUUCCACCAGUACUUCCACUACCAUCACCAUCAUGCGAAGAGUCUUGUGAAGAUACUGGUUUACCAACACCACCAAUUGCGCCACAGCCACAAGUUGCUCCAUUACCACCAGUGGCUCCACUUCCACCAGUUGCCCCAUUACCACCUGUAGUUCCUCUUCCACCAGUUGCACCUCUUCCACCAGUACUUCCACUACCAUCACCAUCAUGCGAAGAGUCUUGCGAAGAUACUGGUUUACCAACACCACCAAUUGCGCCAUUGCCACCAGUAGCUCCAUUACCAAUAGUCCUUCCACCACCGGUUCUUCCUCCUACGGUCCUCCCAACACCACCGACACUUCCAGUACCAAUAACACCGUUAGCUCCAGCACUUUCAAAACUAGAAGAAUCAUGUGAGGAUGACGAACUACCAAUUCCACUGCCCUUACCAACUGCAUUACCUUUACCACCAGUAGCCCCACUUCCACCAGCUCUUCCUCUGCCAAUAGUUGCACCUCUACCACCAGUAUCUCCACUUCCACCAGCUCUUCCUCUGCCACCAGUUGCACCUCUACCACCAGUUUCCCCACUUCCACCAGCUCUUCCAUUGCCACCAGUUGCCCCUCUUCCACCAGUAGCCCCACUUCCACCAGUAGCCCCACUUCCACCAGUGCUACCUCUGCCACCAGUUGCACCGUUACCACCAGUAUCCUCACCUCCACCAGCUCUACCUCUGCCACCAGUUGCACCGUUACCACCAGUAGCCCCACUGCCACCAGUUGCUCCUCUUCCACCACUAAUUCCAACUUCGGAUGAAUCAUGUGAAAAUGACGAGGUACCAAUUCCACUGCCCUUCCCACCAGUAGCUCCUCUCCCACCUGCAUUACCUUUACCACCAGUAUCCCCGCUUCCACCAGCUCUUCCUCUGCCUCCAGUUGCACUACUACUACCAGUAGCCCCACUUCCACCAGCUCUUCCUUUGCCACCAGUUGCACCUCUACCACCAGUAGCCACACUUCCACCAGCUCUUCCUUUGCCACCAGUUGCACCUCUACUGCCAGUAUCCCCACUUCCACCAGUUGCUCCUCUUCCACCACUAAUUCCUGCUUCAAAUGAAUCAUGUGAGGAUGACGAGCUACCAAUUCCACUGCCCUUACCACCAGUAGCUCCUCUCCCACCUGCAUUACCUUUACCACCAGUAUCUCCACUUCCACCAGCUCUUCCUCUGCCACCAGUUGCACCUCUUCCACCAGUAGCCCCACUUCCACCAGUGCUACCUCUGCCACAAGUUGCACCGUUACCACCAGUAGCCCCACUUCCACCAGUUGCUCCUCUUCCACCACUAAUUCCAACUUCGGAUGAAUCAUGUGAAGAUGACGAGCUAGCAAUUCCACUGCCCUUACCACCAAUAGCUCCUCUCCCACCUGCAUUACCUUUACCACCAGUAGCCCCACUUCCAACAGCUCUUCCUUUGCCACCAGUUGCACCUCUACCUCCAGUGUCCCCACUUCCACCAGUUGCUCCUCUUCCACCACUAAUUCCUGCUUCAAAUGAAUCAUGUGAGGAUGACGAGCUACCAAUUCCACUGCCCUUACCACCAGUAGCUCCUCUCCCACCUGCAUUACCUUUACCACCAGUAUCCCCACUUCCACCAGCUCUUCCUCUGCCACCAGUUGCACCUCUACCACCAGUAGCACCACUUCCACCAGCUCUUCCUUUGCCACCAGUUGCACCUCUACCACCAGUAGCCCCACUUCCACCAGCCCUUCCUUUGCCACCAGUUGCACCUCUACCACCAGUAGCACCACUUCCACCAGCUCUUCCUUUGCCACCAGUUGCACCUCUACCGCCAGUGUCCCCACUUCCACCAGUUGCUCCUCUUCCACCACUAAUUCCUGCUUCAAAUGAAUCAUGUGAGGAUGACGAGCUACCAAUUCCACUGCCCUUACCACCAGUAGCUCCUCUCCCACCUGCAUUACCUUUACCACCAGUAUCCCCACUCCCACCAGCUCUUCCUCUGCCACCAGUUGCACCUCUACCACCAGUAGCACCACUUCCACCAGCUCUUCCUUUGCCACCAGUUGCACCUCUACCACCAGUAGCCCCACUUCCACCAGCUCUUCCUCUGCCACCAGUUGCACCGUUACCACCAGUAGCCCCACUUCCACCAGUUGCUCCUCUUCCACCACUAAUUCCAACUUCGGAUGAAUCAUGUGAAGAUGACGAGCUAGCAAUUCCACUGCCCUUACCACCAAUAGCUCCUCUCCCACCUGCAUUACCUUUACCACCAGUAGCCCCACUUCCACCAGCUCUUCCUUUGCCACCAGUUGCACCUCUACCGCCAGUGUCCCCACUUCCACCAGUUGCUCCUCUUCCACCACUAAUUCCUGCUUCAAAUGAAUCAUGUGAGGAUGACGAGCUACCAAUUCCACUGCCCUUACCACCAGUAGCUCCUCUCCCACCUGCAUUACCUUUACCACCAGUAUCCCCACUUCCACCAGCUCUUCCUCUGCCACCAGUUGCACCUCUACCACCAGUAGCACCACUUCCACCAGCUAUUCCUUUGCCACCAGUUGCACCUCUACCACCAGUAGCCCCACUUCCACCAGCUCUUCCUUUGCCACCAGUUGCACCUCUACCACCAGUAGCACCACUUCCACCAGCUCUUCCUUUGCCACCAGUUGCACCUCUACCACCAGUAGCCCCACUUCCACCAGCUCUUCCUUUGCCACCAGUUGCACCUCUACUGCCAGUAUCCCCACUUCCACCAGUUGCUCCUCUUCCACCACUAAUUCCUACUUCAAAUGAAUCAUGUGAGGAUGACGAGCUACCAAUUCCACUGCCCUUACCACCAGUAGCUCCUCUCCCACCUGCAUUACCUUUACCACCAGUAUCCCCACUUCCACCAGCACUACCUCUGCCACCAGUUGCACCUCUACCACCAGUAGCCCCACUUCCACCAGUUGCUCCUCUUCCACCACUAAUUCCUUCUUCAAAUGAAUCAUGUGAGGAUGACGAACUACCAAUUCCGCUGCCCUUACCACCAGUAGCUCCUCUCCCACCUGCAUUACCUUUACCACCAGUAUCCCCACUUCCACCAGCUCUUCCUCUGCCACCAGUUGCACCUCUACCACCAAUAGCCCCACUUCCACCAGCUCUUCCUUUGCCACCAGUUGCACCUCUACCACCAGUAGCCCCACUUCCACCAGCUCUUCCUUUGCCACCAGUUGCACCUCUACCGCCAGUAGCCCCACUUCCACCAGUACUACCUUUGCCACCAGUUGCACCUCUACCACCAGUAGCCCCACUUCCACCAGCUCUUCCUUUGCCACCAGUUGCACCUCUACUGCCAGUAUCCCCACUUCCACCAGUUGCUCCUCUUCCAACACUAAUUCCUACUUCAAAUGAAUCAUGUGAGGAUGACGAGCUACCAAUUCCACUGCCCUUACCACCAGUAGCUCCUCUCCCACCUGCAUUACCUUUACCACCAGUAUCCCCACUUCCACCAGCACUACCUCUGCCACCAGUUGCACCUCUACCACCAGUAGCCCCACUUCCACCAGUUGCUCCUCUUCCACCACUAAUUCCUUCUUCAAAUGAAUCAUGUGAGGAUGACGAACUACCAAUUCCGCUGCCCUUACCACCAGUAGCUCCUCUCCCACCUGCAUUACCUUUACCACCAGUAUCCCCACUUCCACCAGCUCUUCCUCUGCCACAAGUUGCACCUCUACCACCAAUAGCCCCACUUCCACCAGCUCUUCCUUUGCCACCAGUUGCACCUCUACCACCAGUAGCCCCACUUCCACCAGCUCUUCCUUUGAUACCAGUUGCACCUCUACUGCCAGUAUCCCCACUUCCACCAGUUGCUCCUCUUCCACCACUAAUUCCUUCUUCAAAUGAAUCAUGUGAGGAUGACGAACUACCAAUUCCGCUGCCCUUACCACCAGUAGCUCCUCUCCCACCUGCAUUACCUUUACCACCAGUAUCCCCACUUCCACCAGCUCUUCCUCCGCCACCAGUUGCACCUCUACCACCAGUAGCACCACUUCCACCAGCUCUUCCUUUGCCACCAGUUGCACCUCUACCACCAGUAGCCCCACUUCCACCAGCUCUUCCUUUGCCACCAGUUGCACCUCUACUGCCAGUAUCCCCACUUCCACCAGUUGCUCCUCUUCCACCACUAAUUCCUACUUCAAAUGAAUCAUGUGAGGAUGACGAGCUACCAAUUCCACUGCCCUUACCACCAGUAGCUCCUCUCCCACCUGCAUUACCUUUACCACCAGUAUCCCCACUUCCACCAGCACUACCUCUGCCACCAGUUGCACCUCUACCACCAGUAGCCCCACUUCCACCAGUUGCUCCUCUUCCACCACUAAUUCCUUCUUCAAUAGAAUCAUGUGAGGAUGACGAACUACCCUUACCACCAGUAGCUCCUCUCCCACCUGCAUUACCUUUACCACCAGUAUCCCCACUUCCACCAGCUCUUCCUCUGCCACCAGUUGCACCUCUACCACCAAUAGCUCCACUUCCACCAGCUCUUCCUUUGCCACCAGUUGCACCUCUACCACCAGUAGCCCCACUUCCACCAGCUCUUCCUUUGCCACCAGUUGCGCCUCUACCACCAGUAGCCCCACUUCCAACAGCUCUUCCUCUACCACCAAUAGCCCCACUUCCACCAGCUCUUCCUCUGCCACCAGUUGCGCCUCUACCACCAGUAGCCCCACUUCCACCAGCUCUUCCUCUGCCACCAGUUGCGCCUCUACCACCAGUAGCCCCACUUCCACCAGCUCUUCCUCUGCCACCAGUUGCACCUCUUCCACCAGUAUCCCCACUUCCACCAGUUGCUCCUCUUCCACCACUAAUUCCUUCUUCAAAUGAAUCAUGUGAGGAUGACGGACUACCAAUUCCGCUGCCCUUACCACCAGUUGCAACUCUCCCACCUGCAUUACCUUUACCACCAGUAGCCCCACUUCCACCAGCUCUUCCAUUGCUACCAGUUGCACCUCUUCCGCCAGUAGCCCCACUUCCACCAGUUGCUCCUCUUCCACCACUAAUCCCAACUUCGGAUGAAUCAUGUGAAGAUGACGAGCUACCAAUUCCACUGCCCUUACCACCAGUAGCUCCUCUCCCACCUGCAUUACCUUUACCACCAGUAGCCCCACUUCCACCAGCUCUUCCUUUGCCACCAGUUGCACCUCUACCACCAGUAGCCCCACUUCCACCAGCUCUUCCAUUGCCACCAGUUGCACCUCUUUCGCCAGUAGCCCCACUUCCACCAGUUGCUCCUCUUCCACCACUAAUCCCAACUUCGGAUGAAUCAUGUGAGGAUGACGAACUACCGAUUCCACUGCCCUUACCAACAGUUGCAACUCUCCCACCUGCAUUACCUUUACCACCAGUAGCCCCACUUCCACCAGCACUACCUCUGCCACCAGUUGCACCUCUACCACCAGUUGCCCCACUUCCACCAGCUCUUCCUCUGCCACCAGUUGCACCUUUGCCACCGGUAUCUCCACUUCCACCAGCACUACCUCUGUCGCCUGCUCCUCUUCCACCAUUAACUCCUCUGCCACCUGUAGUUCCAUCACCAGCACCACCAGUUGCUCCUUUGUCACUGGUUUCUCCUACUCCUGUUUCUGUUGCUCCUCCUGCAGUGACGCAAAAAAAAACUCCCGACGUGUGUCAAGACCUCUCACUAAACUCCGACAUUAUUGAUCCAAGCUCUGCUCAGGUUGAUUCUUCCGACGAUAUUAAAAUACCAAAACUCAAAAUAACUGCCUUUGAACCCUUUGAUCUUGUUGUCCGAUUCUGUACAUCAAAAUGUGGUUCUGAUCAUAAACAUAAUGUCCUCAGUGCAAAUAAUAAAAAUAGGGGCGUUUUCUUAGACUGGAUCAAACCAAAGAAUUCUAAUUCAAGGCUUUCAGUCCGGACUUGAUCAGAUAGCCCAACUUAGAUGUAUUUCCCACUAGGUAUAUUUAUAUCCCCUUCCAUCAGACAGAGUGUGACAUUUUCGCGGUCUACUGUGGAACCAAUGUAUUUUAUGUUAUUCCUAUGAUUAAGGUGCAUUUUCUGUGCCUAUUGUGGUCAUUUUAUGGGCUACUUGUGAUACUAUUUUUAAUUUUUAUUAUUUGCCAAUUUUUGUACCUAGUUUUAAUGAUUUUUGUACAUUUUCAAUUGUAAAACGUAUUUAUAAGUCUUUUAAUUUUAUUUAACUUUAUUUUCUCGAGACUACAAUUUGAAUGUCCUAGUCCCAUUUUAUUUAACCUCAAGCAAAGAGAUUACAUUAAAUUUCUUUGGUUUCUCCCAAUACCAAUUCCUUAAGUGACAGUUCAUAUUUGGACCGAUAUGCUGUCAACUCCCUUAAUCCUUUCCUUACUUUAACUACUAUUACUCUAAAAUUGUAUAAAGAAUCAAUUUGUUUUUACUUCAAAACAUUUUUUAAAAACCAGACUUGUUUUUGACAUUGAUUGAAGUAUCUACAAUUGGUUUUUUAACGUCUCAAGAUUGUUCAUUGGUAGUUGCCAAAAAAAUUAUAUAUAUAUUUAUCAUUUUAUAUAAGAAUACAUAAAUAAAUCAAAAUCAAAAAUGAAA